UACUUCCAUCAACCAAACAAUCCAACCCAAAUAAAAAAAGUUCAACUCUCUCAAACUACUCCCAGAGAUAACCCUUCAACGGUCGUGAAUAGCCGCCAACUACUCAUCGGAGAAGAAGAAGCAAUAAUGGAGCCGGAGAUCGACGUCCCAUCCUUCUUCCUCUGCCCCAUCUCCCUCCAAAUCAUGAAGGAUCCGGUCACCGUCCCCACCGGCAUCACCUACGACCGCGACAGCAUCGAGCGCUGGCUCUCCUCCUCCUCCGCCGCCACGUGUCCCGUCACCAAUCAGCCCAUCCCGCCGGACGCCGACCUCACCCCCAACAUCAUCCUCCGCCGCCUCAUCCAGUCAUGGUGCACCCUCAACGCCUCCCACGGCUUCGAACGCAUCCCCACCCCUAAACCUCCCGUCACUAAAGCCCAAAUCUCGAAGCUCAUCCACUCCGCCGCCACAUCCUCAUCCCCACAUUACCACCAGGUCAAAUGCCUGAGGCAGCUCAGGUCUCUCGCAAAAGAGAGCGAGGCCAACCGGCGGUGCAUCGAGCAGGCCCCGGGAGUGGUCGACUUCCUGGCCUCGAUCGUGGUCGACUUCAACCACGACGUGGAGCUGGACUGCAUCGAGCAGUUCGGCUCCAGUCCCUGCGACGAGGCGCUCAGCCUCCUACACGGGCUCCAGAUCUCGGAGCCCGCGCUGAAGGCUCUGGUGAACAGGAACUGCGAGUUUAUCAACUCGCUGACGCGAGUCAUGCAGCGGGGGACGUACGAGUCUCGCGCAUACGCUGUCCUGAUUUCCAGGUCAGCCUUCCGCGUGGCGGACCCGCUCCGAAUCAUCGGGGUCCGGGCCGGGUUCCUCGCGGAGGUGGUCCAGAUGGUCAGGGACCGCGUGUCGAGGCAGGCGACCAAAGCCGCACUGGGGCUCCUGGUCGAGCUGUGCCCGUGGGGCCGGAACCGCGUCAAGGCGGUGGAGUCCGGGGCGGUUCCGGCCCUCGUCGACCUGCUCCUCGACUCCCCGUCGGAGUCGGAGAGCAGGCGGGCCUGCGAGCUGGCGCUCGCGGCGCUGGACGUGCUGUGCCAAUGCGCGGAAGGGAGGGCGGAGCUUCUUAAGCACGCGGCGGGGCUGGCGGUGGUGAGCAAGAAGAUACUGCGGGUGUCGACGGCGGCGACGGAGAAGGCGGUGAGGAUCUUGCUGUCAGUGGGGAAGUCGUCGGCGACGGCGGCCGUGUUGCAGGAGAUGCUGCAGAUCGGCGUGGUGGCGAAGCUGUGCUUGGUGCUGCAGGUGGAGAGCAGCGCGAGGGCGAAGGAUAAGGCGAGAGAGAUUCUGAGGCUGCACGCCCGUGUUUGGAGGAGCUCGCCUUGUGUGCCGGCGACUUUGCUCUGUUCUUAUCCGGCGGCGGCCUGAGAUUCCAUUUGGAAAAGAAGUACAGAUUCAGUAUAAGAUUAAGAUUGGUAGUCAAAUUAUUAUAGGAACCAUAUCAAUUUUUCUUCUUCUACAUAAAAUUGACCAUAUCUCGGAUGUACAGAUUUAUACAGAAACAGGGCAUAAAAUUGUGCCUUCCUCAAUGAACACAUACUUUUUUUUUCCUGAAGGGAAGAUUCAUACUUCGUUUGUUCUUUGGAUUAUAUGAAUUUUGAGGAAAGAUUCGAAUAAUGAUCUAUCUAUAAUCCUAAUUGUAAACUGGAUUCAAACGAGUUGAUUGUCAUUCUUUCAAAAUCAAUCAGAUUGUCAUUCUUUCAAAAUCAAUUUUUCACGGCCAUUGUGAUUUCUCGAUCACUAGGGUUUGUCAUUAAUAAGAUGAAAUAUUGUAU